AUGUCUGAAUACUGGAAAUCGACACCAAAAUAUUGGUGCAAGCACUGCAGCACCUUUGUCAAAGAUACCUCAUUUGAGCGCAAACAACAUGAGGGCACCGUCAAACAUCAAAAUAACCUGAAGCGCUUUCUCCGCGACAUUCAAAAUAGCCAUGAGCGAGGCGAGCGGGAAAAGGAGAGGGCCAAGUCAGAAGUCGAGAGACUCAAGGGAGUUGCUGGUGGCGAUAUAAACAGAUCCUCAAGCCCCUCACAACCAUCUUCAAAGCAGAACGCUCAAUCUGCACCGAAACCUCCUACGGGGCCUCAGUCUACCGCAGAUCGGAAGAAACAAUGGGCGCAGUUGGCCGAGAUGGGGAUCAAAGUCCCUGAAGAGUUCCGUUCAGAGAUGGCCAUGGUUGGGGACUGGCAGGUGGUGUCACAACAAAUAGUUGACGAGACACCAUCAGAAGCGCCUCUAAGCAAAGGUGUCAAAAAGCGCAAAUACGAAGGUCAAGAUGAAGAUGAGGAGGAGAAGAAAGAAGCUGGCGAGGCUGUCGUGCGACGCGGAUGGGGUGCUGCCACCAAGAGAUAUCCUGGCCACGACGAAGCCGAUCUCGAAGAUCUCUUGUCGGGUUCGAUCUCCGUCAAGAAAGAAAGGACCGGAAGCCCGGUCACGCAAAUUAAAAAGGAAGACAAGGACUCUUUGCGACAAGGAAAGAACCUUGUUCUCGACCCAGAUGGCCGUCAGGGUGGAAAUUGUACCUCAAGCCUGGUGGAAUCUUCGCCCCCCAACCGUCUAAAGCAAGAUGAUCCGGGUUUGAAGGAGGAGCCAAAUUCAUCACAACCACCCAUGUCUAUGGACCGAAUCCCGGAGGAGGUUCCAAUACCUGUGUUCAAGAAACGUAAGGCCAAAGUAUCAUGA